CACUGACGUACAUAUGUGUGUGUGUUUCAUUCAUUCAGUUGGCCAUCGUCCAUCAGACCGGUCGGCCGAUAUAUAGACAUUUAAGAAUUCUAUGUAUCGACAGACGCACAGAUAGACAGACAGACAGAGACAGUCAUGCCGGCACGACAAACACAUGCGCACGCAUCAAUCCCUCCCUCCCUUAAGCAGAGCCCUCGCUUGGUACGUACGUGCGGGAAGAGCGACCCACACAUACAUAGGCAGGCAAGCAGGAACGACACACACAGAAAGGCAGGUUUACACGCAGACGACGCAGCGCCACCCACACACGCAUCAGUCCGUCUAUCUAUCCCUCUUCGCACGCAGAGGCAGUGUGUCCGUCUAGACAGCAGGCGUGUAGGUAUGUUAUGUACACACAGAGAGAGAGAUGGAUACAUACAGCUGUAGUAACCCCCCUCUCUCCGUCCCCUCGGUUGGUUGAUUCUUCUACGGCUAGCUAAGAGCGGCAGAUCAGCAAGUGUGUUAGGUGUAGUCGCAGUAACACUCCCCUUGGCAGAUUGAGGACGUGCAAAACUUGCCCCACAUGCACCUUGAGGACAAUUCGGGGCCGGUGCAGGGGUUUGGAUGUCUGUCCCGCAUGCACUCCUCCUUAGUCUUGAGCGACGAGCAGUCGAAGUCGCCCUUCAUGCCUACAGACAGGUGAGCCCACCCACAUAGACAGACAGCACAGACAGACAGAGAGUGAGGGAGGGAAUGCAACCGAAGCUUAGAUGUAUUAUCUGCAUUGCAUGCGGACACACAUCUGUCUGUAGUGUAACUGUGAUGCUGUGGAGCCGUUGUUGGGCGUUGUUGAUGGUCUUGAGUGCCGUGUGUGCCAUCGUCUGAGCCGUCUGUGUCAUCGUUAGCGCCGCAGCCAUCGUGUUCUUGGCGUGAGCCACCUGCUGCUUCACGACCGACAGCUGGAACUGAUGGCCAGAGACGCCUGCACACAAACACACAUUGCACACACCGUACGGCAACACAGAUCCAUCCAUCCAUCCAUCCAUCCAUCCAUCCAUGCCGCCACGUGCGCAGUGCAUUCACCUCGCACCAGCUGUGUGUGUCGUGCAUGGCUGCCGCGCACACCUUUGCUGUGGGUGCGGGCGGUCUGCAGGCGGGAAAUCUCGUCAGUGCGGUCCACAAACGAUGCAUCUGCACACAGCGGACGGGAAGGUCAGCCACAUAUGGCUCAGGAGUGAUGUAUACUGUGAGGGUCGGAUAAAUGGGACGCUGCUUAUAUGGGAAAAUCGUUAUAUGGGAAAAUCCCAUUUAACCGUUUACUUUGUGGAUGUUGCACAUUUACAAGCAGGUGACAUUCAUUCAUUGUGAGCCGUCGCAAUGACCUGCAUGAUGUCCAGCGUGCCUCACUGAUCACUGUGAACCAAAUUUCACCGUCGAACACCCACAAACAGCCGAGAUCGGGGCCGCCGAAUUGGGGCCAGUGAAUCACAAGAGAAGCAGCGAUGCGAACAAGCAGCGGAGCACCAUGAAUGGCUCUCCUCUGAGCACAGCGUAGCAU